CCGACCGCUAACUUACGCCAAUGCGAAUAGUAUGAAAAAUUAGUUCGCCAAGCAAAAUAGAUAGCGAAUAGUAGAAGAACCGCGAUAAGAAUUUCUGUUAAAGAUGUCCGGUAAAACCGUUCCACCUAAUCUUAUCUCUGUCCCUGCCCACAUGUUGGGUCUUUCUAGUAUCCGCAAGCGCGUAGUCGAACACACGAGCGUAUUCCGUUUGGACAAGUACGUCGGUGAGUCGCGUUUUCCCUCGCAACGCCGACGCUGCUCGGCGCGGCGCGACGCGGCAUUUACAGUUUGCGUGCGCACCUUUCCGCGUGUUUCAACACGCACACCCAUCUCCAAGAAUACUCGUACGCGUGUACGAGCGAAUUCGUUAACAUACGAGUUCGGGUUAGCUCGCGACUGUGGAUUAUUUUCGCUUAUACCGUGGCGCACGCAAUCUUAGAAGUGGUUCUCGCGUUGACAGAUUCCAAGCGGGUUUUCGCCGGCUUUCAGCGUCGACCGGUAGUGCUUCGUCAACGGGAUCGAUGAUCGACGCCGUUCCAGCACCGAGGUCGACGAUCGACGCUAAUCUUUGACGGAGAGAUCAACGAUCGACGGGACAUCGACGAUGCUUAGACGAUUCGAUCGAUAAUCGAUGGUGCUUGGAUCGCGGGAACUUCGAUCGGCGCUGUUAACGAAAGAUCGUCGUUACAAUUCGUUCGGCGAAAGAUCGCGACGAAACUGGACUAGUUUAAAAGAGUAUCGUUAACCGAAUCGAGCAAGCUUCGAACGUAACUCCUCUCUUCCCCACAGACUGCGCUAUAAGCGUUCAAAGUUCUAGUGCUGCUUCUACGAAACGAUGAAAGCGUCAGAAAGCAAUUAGCGAUUAAAAAAGGCUUAACUAAAAUGCACGAGAAUAUGUAAAUGCGAGCUACUUGGAAUUAGAAUUUCGAAGAGCGGUUUACAGCGCCGAUCGAGCUACAUAAUUAAGUUUUGUUAACGGUCCCAGUUGCAGUCCAGAGAGCAAAAUUAAUCGGUGAAAAGUGAGUAAACGCUGGAUGAAUAAUCGAUGGUGCUUAAGUAGCGCGAGCGACAGUUAUCGGUGAUUGUGUCGCGAAAACGACAAUUAACGGUGCUUACACAGUGGCUGCGACGAUUAUCGGUGUUUAGAUAAUGAAAACAACUAUCGGCAACGGUUAAAGGAUAAAAUCGAGAGAUACGCUCGUUCGGUUCGUUUCGAUCCGAUCAGUCGGACAGAGUAGAUGCAAGAAGAAACACAGCGGAAGUGUCACGACAGCGAAGCAGCGGAGGAAUUCUUAUGCAACUCGUUCCGAACGCAAGUUGCAUACGUGGUAUAUAGACGCGUGGUCGCGUACGCGCGCAAACAACGCUACGACUAGUUACGGUAAAUUAUGAAUGAUCUCGGUAACGAGGAUAUUCGCGCGGACCAGGGUGUUCGAAUGCUGGAAAUAGCGCGCAAUCCGUGCACGGAAACGCCAACAACUGGACAAAUACACGUGUUGGCCGCGGAGUUGCUCGCAUCCCUAUAUUCCGUACUCGAGUCGUGACGAACGGAGAACUCGGAUCUCUCUUACGAAAUAAAGAAGCUGAGAAGAUCGCGUUUUUCGGUGGAAACGACGAAGCGGAGUAUCCGGAGGAGGAAAGGGUCUAAGCUAGAUCUAACCUAGAUCGUUUCGAGCACGAAGCGAACGUAGAUAGAUCGUGCGCGAGCACCGCGGAAAAGUGAUAACGAUGACGAACCUGGACGAGAAUAAACGAUAGAAUGUACGCUUAUAGUACGCGAGGAAUCGUACGGGCAACGCGCGAACGUGGCCGUGGAACUUGGAACGAACUCGCGUGAAUUUUAACCUCGUCGCUUCGUUCUGUAUCGUAAACGAAGGGACAUUCGCGGAAGCGUCGACGGCCGUGCGCGACUUUCUUUCGACGCUAUUUUCGGCCUAUCAAAUGACGGAAGUGCUCGUAAUCGUAAUAGAAAAAUGCGAACGCGAUAAUGUUAAUCGGCGGUGCUCGCGGCGAAUCAUAAUUUUCGAUUGACGUCAACAAGCGUUAUCGUUCGCUCUUUAUAUUCGACGAAUCGAUCGUUUCGAAAGGAUUUUACGCGCGAAUCGAUGUCGCUCGUUUUUCGGCGAUCGAACGAAUCCACGCGCUGCCAUGUCGACGAGGAAAGGAGAAGCGAAACGGUAUCGUUUUACGACCGUCUGUUCGGAUGUUCGAAAAAAGAAAACUGAUCGAGCAAUUUUUCCGUGGACUCAGUGAAAGAGAAAACGAGGGGCGAAACACGGCUGGCAUCGGAAUCGUUCAACGAAAUGCUUAUGCCUAAUAAACGUUCUUUCACGAAAGGAACCAACGACGAAUCGGAAGAGCAUACCAGCGAAAACGUUAACAGCAUAGUGCCAUUGAACGAGCUACUCGUUAAUUCGACUGUACCUACGGCCACGGUCGCUGUAAAAGUGUGCGAUGAUUCCGCGGACGAAAUCGGCAGAACCAACGCGGACAAACAGAAACGGGGCAUUCUCAGCAAUUUCCAGAGAAGAACGUUCAGCAGGAUCAGUUUCAAAGGAGAGACUGGACCUUUGCUCAGCAGAUACCGACAAACGAGAUUCAGUUCCCGAAGGAUACGAAAGAGGGUGGUUUUCAAGCACGGUGAUUGCAAUGUCGUACAAGGAAAUGUCGCCAAACGACGGCGCCGUUACCUUCAGGACAUUUUCACGACACUGGUGGACGCACAAUGGCGCUGGACACUGUUGGUGUUCUCCAUGAAUUUUCUGCUCUCCUGGCUUGGUUUCGCGUUGAUAUGGUGGUUAAUCGCGUACAGUCACGGAGAUCUCGAUCCGGAGAACUAUACCAAUCCGAAUGCGACCUUCACCCCCUGUAUCGUCGACAUACGCGGAUUCACCAGCUCCUUUCUCUUCUCGAUCGAGACUCAGCACACGAUCGGGUACGGAUCGAAACAUCCGACGGACGAGUGUCCAGAGGCGGUGUUCGUCAUAUGCAUCCAAUCGAUGACCGGCGUGAUCCUGCAGGCCUUUAUGGUCGGUAUAGUGUUCGCGAAAUUGUCUCGACCAAAGAAGAGGACACAGACAUUGUUAUUUUCAAGAAAUGCCGUGAUAUGUCAAAGGGACGGUCAACCGUGUCUGAUGUUUCGUGUCGGUGACAUGAGAAAAAGCCACAUUAUCGAAGCUCACGUCAGAGCUCAGAUGAUCAAAAGAAAGGUAACCAGGGAAGGAGAAUUGUUGCCGUUCUUUCAGACGGAACUGAAAGUGGGCGGCGACGGAGAAGAGGACAAGAUAUUCUUUAUUUGGCCGACAACCAUCGUACACAAGAUCGACGAACAAUCGCCGCUUUAUCACAUAUCGGCAAGCGAUAUGCUGCGCGAACGGUUCGAGAUCGUAGUUAUAUUAGAGGGCGUGAUCGAGUCGACAGGCAUGACUACUCAGGCCAGAAGUUCGUAUCUGCCGUCAGAGAUUUUAUGGGGUCACAGGUUCGAACACAUAAUCACGUUCAAAAAAGAGACCGGGGAGUACGAAGUGAACUAUACUUUGUUCAACAACACGUACGAGGUCGAUACACCGUUGUGUUCGGCGGCUGAUUUGGAUAAAAUAAGAGCGAUGCAACGCGCGAAGGGAGAACGUAUGAGCACCGGUGGAUUCGCUCAUUAUCGCGACGUAUCCAGCAGUUCUUUGACCACCGGAUCCGGUUCCAGCUUAGCAUCGUCUACCGGCGGAUUACACAUGAACGUUCCGAUGACGCCACUGACUCCGAUUCCAGUCAUGAUCACCGGCCCUGAUGGUUCUUUGAGACGCGAGAGCAUGCAAAGUGGACAAACCGACGGGAAACAAGCGAUAUUUUAUACGCAGAACGAGUUUCUGGAUAACGAACCUCAUCCCGCCGGCCACGUUCAGGAGGACGCUACGAGCCAAGAAGAUUACAAUCGCGUGCUGGAGGACAUAAACGCGACGUUAAGGAAAAAUCGCGUACCCGGCAAAGACGAGAAAAGAAUGCACAGAGAAGCGUCGAGGUGCACCCUCGACUCGAGAAAAAGCGAAUCUAGAUCGAACGUAGACGUAAUAAGAAGAUCCAGCUCGAGAACGGCCAUGGAUCAGAUUCCAGUUCUCUCGAACCCACCUCCGAAGUCACCUUCUCGACAGCAUUUAGAACCCAGACACACCAAGUUUGCUGAAUCAGGAGAGACAUAUCGCGAGCCUCCGCCUCAACCUUUACCUUCCUCCAGAAGAUCGAGUUUAGGCGACAACCACAAAUCCAAGGAUACGCACAAGAAGACUAGUUUCAUCCUGGGCGACGACGAACACGUUAUCGACGUGGAGCCAAUCGUUUCGAGAGGGUAUUCGACUCGGCAAGAAGCGUUGGACUCCGAUUCAUCGAAGACGAAUCAUCAUUCUCGGCAGAGAGGCCCUCAGGAAGAAGUUUAGGGACGAGGAAUGGUGGGAUUCCAGGAACGGAAGAACGGUACGAAUGCCGAAGGAAAGUGAGAGGGAAACGAAGAAACGAUGGCAGCAGAAAACAGAACUUUGCUCUUCGUGGCCGACUGCCGUGAAUCAUCGUCGCGUGGUGCCUUCCAGCGACUUCAUUCAUCCUCGAUAAUAAAAAAAAGAAACAGUUGUCUGUACUCUCGAAUCUAGAAUCGAAAAAUAGAAAACACGCGGUAAACGCUCGAGCAAGUUCGAUAUCCGCGCGAAACAGAGAAUCGAGAUAGAACCGAUCGAGGACGAGUUUCAUUUUAUCGAUGGAGCUUUCUUCGAACGAGUAAAAGCGAAAGAAGAAAAUU